AUGGCGGCCGACGAUCAGCUAAACGAGGUGAUCCGCGCAAUUGCCGCGGCCGAGAUUGCGUCUGGCCGCGAGCGCGGGCUCCAAAUUGUCGCGUACCACAACGGCCAGUGCAUCGUCGACGUGUGCGCGGGUCGGACAGCCGCAGGUUACGCGUUGGCGCCCUCUGCGACAAUCAUGCCGUAUUCGGUGACCAAGGGCGUUGCAGCUACCGUUAUUGCGCGUGCCAUCGACAUGAGUGCGGGUCGGGUCCACUACACGGAUCCCGUUGCUGCGCAUUGGCACGCCUUCUCGCCCAACGGCAAGGGCCGAAUCAGUAUCGCCGACGCAUUGUCGCACCGUGCGGGUCUGCGGGCUCGCUCCCUCUGCCCGCUGCUGCUUCCUGUGCUGCUAAUAUGUGGCCGCGCCAUUGAGGGGAUGGCACUCGGCGUCGACUGGAUUGCCUGCUGUGUGCCUUCGUCAGAGUUGACGUACGCUCGGUAUCACCCGACCUCCUGGUCGUGGGUUGCGGGCGGGAUCUUUGCGCACGUAGCGACGGACAACAACGGAAUGCCGAUGAAGUGGGCGCAUAUACGAGACGGAGCGGCGCAGCUCGCGCGCGCUCUCGCCGUCGAUCCGUCCGAGUUGCAGAUUGGCGAGGUGUCUGGUGACGCUGCAGCACCCGCCAAGCUGGUCACGCCAGAGGUGCGAGCAACCGCCACGCAGGCCUUCUCGGCGUGCUGCCACCGGAGCAGAGUGAUUGUAACACAGCAGCCUGUGGCCGCUGGCUUACUUCUAGCUCUCUUCCCCACUCUGCUGCUGCCGCUGUUUGCCCUCACCACACUCGCCGUCACUAUACUCGCCCUCGUCGGAUCGGCGUUUGGGGCGUUCAUCGGCAACGCGCGCUUCUUCUUGCGCCCCUGCCUCCCCUCAUCGAACGGCUUCUUCACCGCACGCGCCGUCGGCGCAAUGUAUGGCGCGAUCGCCAACGGCGGGGCUCUCGCCGAUGGCCGGCGCAUCCUGAGCGCUGCAAUGGUUACCGAGCUGCGCCAGCGGGCGAGCGACGCCUCGCAAGAUGUGGCCGGGUUCCCAAGACCUGGGCGGCAGACAUGCGGCUGGUCCCCCUGGCUUGGAGCACAGGUCGAGGCUCGGGUACAAAACUCUCGGCAGACGGAGGAUGCGGCGCCAACUCGGCUCGCCAUCCUUGGCCAUGACGGAAUGGGCGGCUCCUGCGCGUACGCUGACCUGGACAACAACAUCGCCAUCGCUGUCCUCAAGACGGCGUUUUCACCAAACUUGCUCGAUAUUCUCGAAGGCGGCGGCCUCUUUGCGCCGGGCCGCGUAUGCACGCUCGUCGAUGACGCUGUUCGGCAGCAUCUCUCCUUCCCUGGCAUGGCCGCGGACGCCCUUGUGGCUCGCUCGCCGACUCGCCGCCUCGAAAAGCUCGCCGAGGCUGCCACCGCCAAGGUGUCGGCGGCGGCAGCCUCGCUCGACGCCGCUGUGCCGCGCAAGUCGGCCGGGGAGCUGUACCGCGAGGCUGCUGGCGGCGACGACGAUCAGGCGGGCGCCGCUGUCAAUGGCGCACUACCGGGCAGCAAGUCGGCUGGGCAGCUGUACCGCGAGGCUAGCGGCGAGGCGGGGGUCGACGAGGCGGGGAUUGCCAUCAACGGCGUCUUGGCGCGCUCGCCGACUCGCAAGGUCGAGCAGCUCGCAGAGGCCGCCGCGGCCACAGUCACCGCAACAGCGGCCGCACUGGACGCUGCGUUGCCGCGCAAGUCGGCCGGGGAGCUGUACCGCGAGGCUGCUGGCGGCGACGACGAUCAGGCGGGCGCGGCUGUCGACGGCGUCUUGGCCCGCUCGCCGCCUCGCAAGGCGGAGAUAUUGGCCGAGGCCGCCGUCGCAACCGCUGCCGCGGCGAUUGUUGCGCUCGACGCCGCACUACCGGGCGGCAAGUCGGCUGGGCAGCUGUACCGCGAGGCUAGCGGCGAGGCGGAGGUCGACGAGGCGGGGGUUGCCAUCAACGGCGUCUUGGCCCGCUCGCCGACUCGCAAGGUCGAGCAGCUCGCAGAGGCCGCCGCGGCCACAGUCACUGCAACAGCGGCCGCACUGGACGCUGCGUUGCCGCGCAAGUCGGCCGGGGAGCUGUACCGCGAGGCUGCUGGCGGCGACGACGAUCAGACGGGCGCGGCUGUCGACGGCGUCUUGGCCCGCUCGCCGACUCGCCGACUCGAGCAGUUGGCCAAGGCCGCGGCUGCCACGGCAUCAGGGGCGGCAGCCGUGCUCGACGCCGCUGUGCCGCGCAAGUCGGCUGCGGCAUUGUACCGAGAGGCAUAA